AUGGCAGCAAAACUUGGCAGCUCUCUUCCUGUCCCUAGCGUUCAGGAGCUAGCAAGGGGUCGGUUACUUACCCAAGUCCCUCUAAAAUAUGUGCGUUCCGAUCUCGAGCCGCCACUCCUGUCCGCCUCUGUUACACUUCAAGUUCCGGUGAUAGAUUUGCAAAAGUUGCUAGUUGAAGAAACCAUGGAUUUGGAAUUGAACAAGUUUGAUAAAGCUUGUAAAGAGUGGGGAUUCUUUCAGGUAAUAAACCAUGGAGUGGAGCAAUCUUUGGUGGAGAAAAUGAAGAAUGAGCUGAAGGAACUCUUCAAUUUGACAAUGGAGGAGAAGCAGAAGCUAUGGCAAGAACCAGGACAAAUGGAGGGAUUUGGACAACACUUUGUUGUUUCUGAAGAUCAGAAGUUAGAUUGGGCAGACCUUUUCUACUUAACAACACUUCCAAUCCACAUGAGAAAACCCCAUGUCUUCUCUGCACUUCCCACAUCUUUCAGAGAAACUGUGGAAGCUUACUCGGCAGAACUGCGAGUCCUGGCAAUGAAAAUUCUUGAGCAAAUGGCGAAAGCUCUUUCGAUCAAGUUCGAAGAAGUAGACGAGAAUUACGGAGAAGGAUGGCAAUCAAUGAGAAUGAACUAUUAUCCUCCAUGUCCAACGCCAGACCAUGUUAUCGGUCUGAACCCUCAUUCUGAUGCAGGUGGUCUCACUAUUCUUCUCCAAGUUAAUGAAAUUGAAGGCCUCCAAAUCAGAAAAGAUGGCAAUUGGAUCCCUGUCAAACCACUUCCUGAAGCUUUUGUCAUUAACAUUGGUGAUAGCUUGGAGAUUAUGACGAAUGGAAUAUAUCCAAGCAUUGAGCACAGAGCAACAGUCAAUUCCACAAAAGAAAGACUGUCAAUUGCUACAUUUUACAGUCCAAGAUUAGAUGGAGAAAUAGGACCAGCACCGAGUCUUAUAACUUCUGAAGCUCGAGCAAGGUUUAAAACAAUGAUAGCUGAAUAUUUCUACAAGGGCUACUUUGCACGCCAACUCCGCGGAAAAUCAUACCUCGAUGUCAUAAGAAUCGACGAGGAUGAAGAACAAAAGGAAUCGAGUUAGAAUGAAUCAAACUGUAGUUGCGUAAUCAAGAAUGCAAAAAUAA